CUGCCAUUUCCAUUUUCAUUUCCAUUUCCAUUUCCAUCUUCUCUGGUCUUCCUUUCCCACUCGCGCCAAAUCCAUCCAAAUGGCUGCCAUCCUUCACUUCUCUUCUUCUCUUCAACUUCAAUCCUCCUACACUCCUCCCUUCCUCACAAAAUCUCCGCCUACGCUCCGCCACAGCUUCCUCAAGGAUCGCAUCCUCCUCCAAACAACAAGGAGAUCGAUUGCCUUCACAUGCCAAUCCAUCAAUGAUGAUGCUGAUGAUGGUUAUUUGUUGGAUGCGCCUGUUUCGGCUGGAGAUGGCUUCUCUUUCAGCGGAGGGAAAUAUUCGGAUGGACCGAAUCCAGCUGAUGAAUGGUUUAAGAAAGGAAAAUUUAUGAAAGCACAUCCUGUUUAUGGCAAUGGUGAAAAAGCCAAGGAUCCAAUUUUUGGUCUUACAAUGGGUGGCAAUUCUCAAGCCUCCACAGAUGUCUUCAGAUGGUUUUGCGUAGAAAGUGGAAAUGCUGAUAAACCUUCAGUUAUAUUAAUUCAUGGAUUUCCUUCACAGGCUUAUUCAUAUCGCAAGGUAUUGCCACUGCUAUCCAAGGAUUAUCAUGCUAUCGCUUUUGAUUGGUUAGGCUUUGGAUAUUCAGAUAAGCCCCAACCCAAAUAUGGAUUUGAUUAUACCUUAGAUGAAUUCGUGUCAGCUCUGGAAUCUGUUAUUGAUGAGCUUGGUGUCAAUAAGGUUUCACUUGUUGUUCAGGGAUAUUUUGCGCCCAUUGUUGUUAAAUAUGCAAACAAUCAUCAGGAGAAGUUGAAUGAUCUCAUACUGCUUAAUCCUCCUCUAACAGCCAAGCAUGCAAACCUGCCAUCAACAUUGUCCAUAUUCAGCAAUUUUUUGUUGGGUGAAAUAUUCUCACAGGAUCCUCUUAGGGCCAGCGAUAAAACCUUGACAAGCUGUGGACCUUACAAAAUGAAAGAAGACGAUGCUAUGGUGUAUAGGAGACCAUAUCUUACAUCUGGUUCCUCUGGCUUUGCUCUAAAUGCAAUUAGUCGAGCCAUGAAGAAGGAACUUAAGAACUAUGUUGAAGAAAUGAGAAAGAUCCUCAUGGAUGAUGAUUGGAAAGUUAAAACAUCAAUAUGCUGGGGACAAAGAGACCGCUGGCUAGACUUUGAUGGAGUUGAAGAUUUCUGCAAGGCUGCAAAACAUCGGCUAGUUGAACUUCCCAUGGCAGGGCAUCAUGUACAGGAGGACUGUGGUGAAGAAUUAGGAAACAUUAUUGCUGGACUGGUUGGCAGAAAGGUUCGAAUCUGAUGCCUUUCUCACAGUUCUGUAUCUGAAUGUGUCGAUGAACCCAUAUGUCUUUUCCUCGUAUCUCCUUCAGCAAAGCAGGCAUAAUUUUGAAACAAGAAGAUGGUAUAUAUAUGUGAUUAAUUAUUGUUAUCAAAUACAUAUGAAUUUGAAGAGAACAUGUAUAUUUGUUAAAUGAUUGUAAUUUUAAAGUAAUCGAAGAAAAAGGAUUUUCUGUGCC